UAGGGAUCGUAGGAUCGCAACCUUGGUAUGGGAUUAUGCCUGGGAGUUGAGAUCUUCUCGCCCUCUUUAAAUGCAGCUCGUUUCCUAGCAUUUUCUUUCGCUCACACCUAGCACUCGCCUAGUUUGUGAUUUGUGCCUGGCCCACCUUUCUUCUUUUGUUCUUGUUGCGAUACCGUAACACCUUGAACCUGGUCAGCAUCGUGGUGUUUCAAUUCAACACAACACACCUACAGUCCUGACAAGCUUACACUCUCCUCUUACGCUGUCAUAAUGGCCGAAAAGACAUCUCUAGGUUCUCGAGGCGGAAGCCCUGACCCAGAACGUCGCCAAUCUCAACUCCAAACUCCUUCGUCACGAUGGGCGUCUCUGUUUGGUGGCGAGGGUGUCACUGCCGGACCUCGAAUUGCUCAAUUGCCCGAAUUUGUGAGGCGUGAUCUUUCAGACUCCGAGGAUUCAAGUUCUGCCAUUCUCAAUAAACAGCUGGCUGCCGAGCAGGGAGAACAAAUCCAGUACCGCACUUGUUCAUGGCAGAAGACUGCUGGUCUGCUUUUCAGCGAGUACAUUUGUCUUGCCAUUAUGAGUUUCCCUUGGUCGUACAGUGUUCUCGGAUUGGUGCCUGGUAUUAUCCUGACGAUUAUUGUUGCUCUCAUCGUUCUUUACACCAGUCUCGUUCUCUGGGAAUUCUGCCUCCGCCACCCAGAGAUGCGUGAUGUUUGCGAUAUUGGACAGAUGCUAUUUUGGGACAAGAAGUGGGCUUGGUGGGCAACUGCUGUGUGCUUCAUUCUCAACAACACCUUCAUUCAAGGUCUUCACGUUUUGGUUGGUGCCAAGUACCUCAACACCAUGACCGAAGCCGAUGAUGUUGGUAGCUGCCGGACCGUUAUGUUUUCGGUCAUUGUUGCUGUCAUCAGCUGGAUUUGCUCCCUGCCCAGGACGUUCGACAUGAUGGCCAAGCUCGGAACAGCAUCGGCUUUCUUCACAUUCAUUUCCGUUCUGCUUGCUGCCAUCUUUGCCGGUAUUCAGGAUCACCCAUUUGGAUAUGAUCCUGCGAAGCUGGGCGAGCCUAUUGUUACAGCUAUCCCUGUUAAGGGCACGACCUUUGUCAACGGAAUGUCCGCUUUUCUCAACAUCAGCUACACCUUCAUCGGCCAGAUUACCCUGCCCAGCUUCAUUGCAGAGAUGCGAGAUCCCCGGGACUUCCCCAAGGCUCUGUGGGCGUGUACGAUUGCUGAGAUAAUCGUUUUCAGUCUCGUUGGAGCCAUCGUAUAUGCUUAUACCGGCAACCAGUAUGUCACCGCGCCGGCUUUUGGUUCGCUCGAGAAUGUGUACAAGAAGGCGGCCUUCUCGUUCAUGAUUCCUACCAUCAUCUUCCUUGGCACCCUCUAUGCCUCAGUAUCGGCUCGCUUCGUCUUUUUCCGACUCUUCCGAAACUCCAAGCACUUGAAUAGUCACACUCUUGUUGGUUGGGGAUCUUGGAGUGGAAUUCUUCUUGUGACCUGGAUCUUUGCUUUCAUCAUCGCCAUGGUCAUCCCUUUCUUUAACUCUCUGCUUUCCGUUAUGUCGUCUCUCUUCGAUAGUUGGUUUGGCUUCAUUUUCUGGGGAGUUGCCUAUUUCCGAAUGCGCAAAGCCGAUAAGGAGAUUGGUCGACGACAUGGCAAGAUCGCUGAUCUUACUGGAAACAUUGUUAACCUCAUCUUGAUUGCGAUUGGUAUCAUGUUCCUUACUGUUGGUACAUAUGCCAGUGUACAGGGCAUUAUCGACCAGUACGAGGCUGGUACCGUGGCUGGUGUAUUCUCUUGUGCGUCCAACGGUCUUUAAAAUGAAGCGGAGAGAAGGGAGAAGUUGUAGAGAAAUAAGUUAUGCAAUGAUACCCGGGGUGGAACAAUACACGCGGAGUUGGUU